AUGGCCUACUAUCAUUAUGGCGAGGAGUCGGACAGAAGGCCUGGUCGAAGCCGACACGCGCACCCGACACCCCAUGUCGAUUGGCUCGAAACCGGCGAUACGGUGCAUGAUUCGCUGCCUCGCCGAACGAGGAGAGGCCAUAUCAUACAAUAUGCAGACGAACCGCCUUCGUCCAUGCGACGGAGUCAAACCACCUGGAGCGAGAGGAGCUCGCCUGCGCAAGUCGCGACGAUGCCGCUUCGCACGAGAGCCGCCACCGUUACCACAAUGACCAUGCCUGUUGGCAGAGGCGUAGACCAUCACCGCCAUCAACCUCACCAUCACCGUGCUUCGAGACAUUACGAAGACGAGGACGAGGAGGAUGAUGUCGAGGACGAGGACGAGGACGAGGACGGGGACGAGUCGCCUGCGGGCAGUCGGCGCGACCUCAGACGCGGCAUGAGCCCACGUUCCGUUCGUCACUACAGGUCAACCCCGGAGUCGAGAAAAGACUCUCGGCCUUCCCAACCCGACUCUGACGGGGAGUCUGAUACUACCGUGUCGACGGAAGACAUAAGGCACCAAGACUUAGAGAAACAUGGGCAGCUUCAAAGACGCGCCCGGCACCCUGAACCAGACGACUAUCUCGACCACCGUGAAGAGGAUCGGCGUUGGAGACGCCGGCAGCGACGUGGUACUGUUGUUUACGAUACCCAAGACGAAGAUCCGACCCCCCACCAAUCUGCAAUAGAUCACAAGUCUCCCAUCCGACAUCUGUCCCGGCACUCAUCCCGGCGAUCGGCAGACUUGGUUGAGUCUGGUAGCUCCGUCCGACGAGGUUACCACAGUCGUAGCCAGAGCCUCCUCGAGGCCCCUACCCCGCCUCGUUCUUCUGUCAGCCGGCCACGUAGGAGACGCCAUUCUCAGGUCAUCUACACAGAGAUUGUACCACCCACAUUGCGCCGGGCGCACACAGCGUCUGAAACGCAUGUCACAUCGCACAGCACGACAUCCUCCAACCGGCGGCAUUCCGUUCUCGGUGCCUUCCUCGGGCCUGGCAUGCAGGGGCAAGGGUCAGACAGACGAGUCAAGCAGAAAUUCAAGAUGUCCAUCAAGGAUCCCGUGGAGAUGCCGCCGAAAUGCUGUGCUGAGCAUAUACCUCUCAAGCAUGUCGAGAGGCUACUUUCGACCGAUUUCAAGAAGACGUGGAACAGAAAAUUCGCCGAGUUCUCGACACGAAAUCGCGUCUACUGCCCGGCGAAACGAUGCGGAGAGUGGAUCAAGCCAGCAAAUAUUCACCGCGAGGACGGCCGCAAGUGUGGCAAAUGCAGCCGGUGCAAGCUCAAGGUGUGCUGCGCCUGCAAUGGCAAAUGGCAUGGGUCUCGGGAAUGCCCAAGGGACGAGGAGACCACAAUAUUCCUACAGCAAGCCAAGGACGCAGGGUGGCAGCGAUGCCACAGGUGCAAGGCCAUAGUCGAGUUGAAGGAGGGAUGCAACCACAUGACCUGUCGCUGCGGAGCCGAAUUUUGCAUGAUUUGCGGACUGAAGUGGAAAUCGUGUGACUGUCCCUGGUUUAACCACGACACGCCGGAGGACGAUCGUCUCGAGGAUAUGCAUAUUCCCAUGUCACUGGGCAGGGACAGGCUUGGGCGGGCAGACGGCAGCCCUCCUGGUCGAGGGACAAUUCACCCUGUGCCCGACCUGACGGCGCCCAUGUCGAUGAGACCGCGAGUGCCAGAUGCCUACGAGGGUCCGUCGCACGAUCCCCUCAUGAGAAGGCUCCAAGAGAGGCAGGAGAGCAAUCUCGCGCGGCGUUUGCACGUUCGUGACGACGAUGGCGGUGACAUGUCUGCGCACCACAGGGGUGAUGAUCAUCGGAGAAGGCCGCAUCUGGUCCCCGUCCCAGUCCCGACGGCGCCAGCGGCACCUCCCGUGGGAUUCGAAAGACCGGGUGUCGCUGGAGAGGGAGGCUGGGCCCCAGGAUCAGACAUUGGCAUGAUGAUGUCGGGCGGCAUAGGAGGGGGCUACGCGCCACCGCCCCCAGCGCCCAUGCUGCCGCCGCAAGUGCCAGAGGUACAUGGCUCGCGGGGGCAAAAGCGUGGGGGGGAGCCCAAGUCGUCGAUGAUGGCUGGGCUGACCGGUGCGGGACGAGGCAUGAACCGCGUGGACGAGUGGCGGAGCCAUGUCGAGCCGGGCGUGCCGGGAGACGACAGAUCGCUACCCUGA